AUGACGCGCGCGACGUCGAUCGGGCGCGAUGUCGAACGGGAGAACGUGUUGGAGAUCGCGCGGGCGCGAGAAAUCGGCGGUGGACACGCUGGACCGCGACGUGUCGUCGUAAACGCGCCGUCGUCGUCGACGCGAGCGACGACGACGACGCGCUCGGUCGACAGCGAUGCGGCGACGACGUCGACGCCGUGGACGUCGGCGACGGACGCGCUCGGGCGGUGGGGCGAGGCGGACGCGGUGAGGAGAGUGGCGGGACGGUACGUCCCGUUCUCGCCGGCGCCGAGGAGCACGAUCGCGGUUGCGCACUCGCCGGACGGUGAAUCGAUGGCGAGCACGCACGGUGACCACACGGUGAAGGUGACGGAGUGCGCGACGGGGAGGUUGAUGGCGUCGUUGGAGGGACACGGGCGGACGCCGUGGGUGGUGCGGUUUCACCCGACGGAUCCGCACGUCUUGGCGAGUGGGUCGUUGGAUAACACGGUGAUCGUGUGGGAUCUGAGAAGUCAAGGGAUUCUAGCGCGGUGGGAUUUCGGGCGGAGCAUAUCGAGCCUGGCGUUUUACCCCGGGAGCGAUGUCUUGUUGGUGAAUGCGGGGCACAAGCUGUAUCAGUGGAAAUAUAAGAAGCACAAGUUUCACGGACAGGUGAACGCGAGCGGGGGCGAGACGAGCGCGCAUGACGCGAUCAAGGUGUUGCUGCGCACGACCAGAUCGCUUCGAGCGGUGCACUUUCACCCGACGGGGGCGCCGAUGUUGCUUACCGCAGAGGUUCGAGACAUGGACCUUGACGCGUUGGGUCCGGCGUACACCAGAGACCCGAUAAGCGGGAGCGAGGUGCUCAGGAACAGCGAGUACAACCAAGAGGAUGAAGUGUACGUCGCGAGGGAUUUACACGACGAUGUGAGGGAUCGACGCACGGUGGCGGGACGCAGACGCGAUCUCAACGCCCCAGCUAAGGCGAUGUCGCCGAGUUGCGAGGACACCGUGAAGAUCAACGUGGAAAACGCUCCGGAGCAGGCGAAGCAUCGACUGCAUGAUAUGCUAGGACUCAACAGUCGACGUUACGUCACGUAUUCGAUGACGCAGAUUAUCGGGCGAUUGGGUACGACGCCAGUCCAGGCAGCGUACGAGGAACGCCGUGACGCCCUUCUCGCUUCGAGUUCUAGAUCUACUCGACGGGCCGCGGCUCAAGGUGGGACGGCUGGAUUGGACCAAGACUUACCGUGCAUAGUAAAGCUCAAGCUUUGGGAGUUUGAGACGCAACUGGACGAAGACGGCGAGAUCGAAAUCAAACCACUCGAAGUUUUACUCUUCAUGUUGCCACAGACCGUGCUUUGCAGCGAGAUGGGUGCGCACUUCUCCCCGGACGGACGAUACAUCGCAACUUGUCAAGCAUGCAAACCGAACGUGUCUCGGCAGGACUUUCGUUAUAUCUGUGAGCUGCGAGUUUAUUCUAUCGAUUCACAAAACUUUGGACAAGUCAUGAGCGCUCGAGCCAUCAAGGCGGCUCACUGCUUGACGAGCAUUCAGUUCAGUCCCACAAGUGAGCACGUCUUGUUGGCAUACGGGCGACGACAUCCGUCGCUUUGUCUUCUCAUGGCUGACGCGGACACGUUCUCGCAGUUGUACACUAUUCUGGAAGUAUUCAGCACCAAGGAUUUGCGACUUGUUCGCAUAAUUCCAUCUGUCGAUGACGAGGUCAACGCCGCUUGCUUCCAUCCGAUUCCCGGUCGAGGAAUCGUUUACGGCACCAAGGAAGGCAGACUACGCGUACUCGUGCAUAGUGGAGGGCCGCGAGAGAAACGAGGACCCGUGCGGAACGCCGUCACGGACGAUUCUCCGCUCACCGUGUCUAUGCGCACACAACGAGAUGCCCAGGACGACGAAAUCGAGGUUCCCCUGGGUUCUCUUCGACUCAAUGACUGA